AGUGAGGAUUUACGACUGGUCAACAAAGGCACGUGAUUCCCGAACGCUCUCCCAUAUUUGGCCGCAUACCUGGCAAAGUACAGUAGGGCUUCAUUGCUUAUAAUUCAUGAUUGCAUCCAUAAAUCGUGCAAGCACACAGGAUUAUAGCGACAAAGAUCUACAAAUCGAGGCUUUAAAAAUCCAAGCAAAUGAGCUCUUACUUUGUAAACUCGUUCUCAGGGCGCUAUCCAAAUGGCUCCGACUAUCAGUUACUAAAUUAUGGGACUAACGGCGCUGUGAGCGGUUCCUUCAGAGACCCUGGCACCAUGCACUCCGGGUCUUUCGGCUACAACUACAAUGGCAUGGACCUAACCGUGAACCGCACCAACACCGGCAGCCACUUCGGGGCCGUGAGGGAGGAUGCCCGGGGAUUCGCGCCGGACGCCCGCUACAGACAGACGCCCAACUGCUCGCUCUCGUCUCCAGAGCCGGUGCCGCCGUCGUGCGCCACGGCCAGCCGCGAGCCGCUGGAACUAAAAAGCCCCUCUCCUCCCUCUGACCGGAGCGCGACCUCCGGAGCCAACAGCCUCAACAAAAGCAACAGCGCUCAUUUCACGGAGAUAGAGGACGGCACCGUCGCCUCUGAGACCGAGGAGGGCGCGCACAGCAGCGGCGGCUCCAGCACGGCACCGCGGGUGCAGCAGCAGCAGCAGCAGCAGCAGCAGCACCAGGACCCCAACGCCACCUCCUCCACUCCCACAUCUAAUGAUUGCCAAACGCCACAAAUAUUCCCCUGGAUGCGGAAACUGCACAUAAGCCAUGAUAUGACUGGACCUGACGGGAAAAGGGCCCGAACCGCGUACACCCGCUACCAGACGCUAGAGCUGGAGAAAGAGUUUCACUUCAAUAGGUACCUAACCAGACGGCGGAGGAUAGAGAUAGCCCACGCCCUGUGUCUUUCCGAAAGACAGAUCAAAAUCUGGUUUCAGAACCGCAGGAUGAAGUGGAAGAAGGACAAUAAACUGAAAAGCAUGAGUCUUGUGACAGGAGGCAGCGCCUUCCACAACUGAACAACUUUUGCUUUUUGUUUUGUUUUGUUCCCCUUUUCUCUCUGUGUGUGUGUGUGGGGAGAGUUACAACAAAAAUAGUUUAAAAAAAAAAGAACAAAAAAGAAAAUCCAUGAGUACUGUAAAGCAAAGCGCAGCACCUUCCAGCAUGCUAUUGUGAUUAGAAGAGGAAAAAGAAGAAGAAGAAGAAGAAGAAGUAUCCUGUGGUCUUAAAAAGAAAAAAAAAUGCCAUUUUUAGUUGACUUGUUGUUGUACUAUGAUAGCUUAGAUGUCCUAAAGAUGUAAAUAUUACUGGGGGUAUUAUUGUCCAUGCUUUCUGCUCUCUCUCUCAAUCUCUGUCUCUCUUUCUCUCUCUUUAUCUUGAAGGUGUUUUCAACUUGAGCUCUUUAUUGUGACGGUCUAACAGGAGUAAAAAAAAAAAAUUGUACAGUUAAAACACACAACAA